AUGGCUGAUGUUCGUGCUCUUCUCGCCGCAGAGCGACAGUCACGACGUAUCACUCAUCCUCACCUAUCCUACACGAAAUCCGGCCUAAUAUGUACUCUGUGCAAUCUGAACGUCAAAUCCGAAACACUCUGGGAAGGUCAUCUCAGAAGUGCCAACCACCGAAAAAAUGCCCAAUCAAGUCAAGAAAAUACGAAUAAAGGGGUGAAGAGGAAGAUUGAAGACGUUGAGGAGCCGCAGGAGGAGCAUGAUGAAUUUAUCCCAGAUGCAAGAAAGAAGACUAAGUCACAGCCGGCCAGUACCACAUCACAAAUCACGCAGGAACAAAACCAGGCAGGAACUGGACAUCAGGAGGCAGAUUCCGCUGGCCUAGAUGAGCUGGGCAAAGAUGUGCCCAUCCCAACGGCUGGCCCCACGACGGAUCAGGACAAACUGCAAUCAGAUGCUCAACCCAGCACUCAAGGUCCGGCCGUGGAUGAGGCUGAGUGGGCUGCCUUUGAGGCGGAGGUUGCUCCGCUAGCAGCAGCGCACCCAGAUUAUUCUUCUCAUACGAUAAGUGCAGCACCAGUGACUGCAGCGCAAACGCAGGCGCAGGCGGCUGAAGACGGACGAAGGACGUUGGAACUAGAAGCAGAGGCAGAGAAAGAAGAACAGGAAAGGAGACUGGAAGACGAAUUCGAGGUCAUGGAUGAAAUGGAAGAACGUGUACGCAGACUCCGAGAAAAGAGGGAUGCCCUGAAAAAUGCUGUGAUCGCAGGGAAGGACCCUGGCCAAGGUGACCCUGUAACAGCCACUGACGAUAUCGGAAACGGGACCGCUAACCAGGUUGCGAAGAAGCCUGAGAAUGACAAGGAGGUGCAGGAAGAGCAGGAGGAGGAAGAGGAAGAGGAAGAGGAAGAGGAAGAAGAAGAAGAUGCAGAUCAAGAUGAUUGGUAUGCAUGA